UCGGAAGCGGCGUUAGUGUCGAAUAAUAUCGCUUGGUGGUUUUAACGAAGGGAAACAGCAUCACAAGAAUGGGUCGCCGCGUGUUUGUCUUGGUAUUGGCAUGCGUGGUCGUGAUGAUGACGUGGCAUCCUGUCAGCGCUUGGCUGCAUUCCAAGGACAUCAACUACGACGCGGUGGAAAAAGCAUGGGAAUCCGGCGACAUGGACGACGAGCUCAAGGAAGACGUCGACAAAAUGCACAAGGUCAAGCAAGCCGAAGAACGGAAAAAGCGCCCCAACUUUGUGGGCGAUGUGGGCAUCCCCCAGACGAUGCUCGUGAGCAUGAAGGAAUCAGCUUUGGACGAAUUCAAAGCCUCGUACCCGCAGAUCCCCGAGCCUACACUGUCCAUUUCGAACAUGUGGAAGGAGAUGUUGCUCAACGGGGGCAUCGACGCCGAGUUCUUCGAAGUGAAUGAGACACCGCUCAAGGUCGUGGUCAAGAUCAAGCGCGGGUGGCUGGCCGAAGACCUCGUCGAGUUUCUCGUGAAUCAGCCCCAAGUGGACGAAGUGAUGUGGGACUUCGAAACGUACUACCCCCCUGGCGUAGAUGAGAAGCAGCGGGAACAGGAAAAGCAGGACGCGAUCAAAGCCGCUCAAGCCAAGCAGCAAAAAAAGAAAGCUGCUAAAGGGGCCAAGCGCAAGGCGAUCAAAACAGAGCUGUAAAGCCAACGAAUUGAUUGGUGCAUAUGAAAACGAGUAUCGACGGCAUCCGUGUGGUUUAAGAACCCUAUCGCUAGUGUUGGUCACUCACGACUCGGCUGUUAAAAUGCUUUGAAAAAAGUGAACCAUCGCAGGCAGUGACGGGGGACGUAGAAUUGGAUUGGGGGAAGGGCAAUUAACAUGUAAACUGUGAAAACAGAACAGUUGAAAGGA